AUGAGCUCCAUCGGGACGUUGGACUUGCAGGUACUCGCUGCGUUCGAAAAUAAAGAUCCCAACGUAGCUCGAUUCAUCUAUGAGGAUGCAGCCGUCUUGGACCUGCCGGGGAUUGGCCGAAUCUCGGGAGUCGACGCCCUGAGUAGAUUAUAUGUGUGGCUCAUGGAUUCGUUCGACAAACGAGAGCUGAUUCUGCAGUCGGUUCCCGUGGCUAAGGUUCAGCUCGCCUUUGGGCUUGAUGGGAAUUUGGCUCUCAAGGGGGAACGUGUCGCCAUGUCUGUCUCGGCAACAGCGGACAAAGAUCCAUUGGGAAAGAUCAAGUACCUCAAAGUGGAGGGUGACUUGGCGCAGUUGUGGAGGCACUGUGAGAAGGUCUCUGGUCCUGUGCCUCGCUAA